AUGGGUUUGCUUCUUCUGCGCUUGGGACGUGCAGUGCUCCUUGCUCUGAUGUUAAUUCAAGGCUUUUUGCUUGCGGCAUAUCCAGCCGAAUAUAAAGAUGAACCUCGUUGGUAUGCUUUGGUCAGUUCGUACGCCCCAGCAAUCAUAGUGUGGCUGUUCAACAAGGCAUUUCUUCGACGGCUUGUCUUCGUAUGGAUUUUGUACAUGUUUUGCGGAUUGGUACCUAACAUUGCCAUCGUACUUGGUUUUGUCGGAGACAGCCUCGACAAUAACAGGUUCUUGGGUCCCAUAACCUUAAAAACUGCCCUAUGUCUUACACCACCUAUUCUGCUGCUUUUGGUAAACACCGCAAGCGAUUCAAAUGAAAACAGAGAAACGGUCUCCAAGUUGUCUUUUCGAAUGACGCUUAAUCUUUUUGAUAGUGUUGACAUGAUAGAUAUCGUUCUGGACGAAAAGGAACACGGCUAUGGAAUUUCAAAAGAUGGUAAAUCCAUGAUCGUAGUCGCCUGCUUGAGUUUGCUGCUCUGA